AUGGAAGAAACGUCCCAAAGAGAAAAUGAGCUUGCAAUAUCUUUGGAGGACAGAUAUAUUGGCCUUGUUGUCUUUGAAUCCACACUCUGGGCUUUCCUCGUUGGAUCAGCAGUUUUGGGUAACGCUUUAGUUUGUUUAUCCUUGUACAAGAUCAGAGGAUUUCGCGCGCCUCAAAACUAUUACAUAGCGUGCCUCGCCGCCGCAGACUUGCUGUUCGCCGUCUUGUGUAUGACGUUAUCCCUUGGAGUACUAAUAGAAGGCCAGUGGAUUUUUGGUAAUGCCUUCUGCCAGGCUCAGGGCAGUCUUACAUUUGUCUUCGCUCUCGUUUCUCUAUUCACAAUGGCUCUUAUCGCCAUCAAUCGGUUUUUCAAGAUAACGAAGUCUGUAGCUAUUUAUCGGAGAAUUUAUAGUAAGAGGAACAUUUUGCUCUCAAUUUUUGCGGCUUGGAUCGUCGCAAUCGCUUUGGCGACGGCUGUGUUUUCAUUCGGAACCAAAGCGUUUCGCUUUCAUCCUGGAAAAAACCUCUGCUUUGUAAACAUGAAUCACCAUAAGGGCAUCCCAAUAUACACACUUGUGGCCUACGGUGCAGUUUGCUUUUUAGUAUUUCCUUUGAUGUUAUUCUGCUAUUUUAAAGCUUACUGGAGAGUUCGGGCACAUUUUGCCGAAAUUUUGAACUCGAGUGUUGCUCGAGAGGCUUCGGGAUCUUUCGCAGACGAGGCGAGGAUUACUCGGAUGUUGUUCGUUACCCUGAUUGCGUUCCUUGUUUGUUGGACACCAGUCAUCUGCACGGAUGUUUAUGAAGCACUGAGCGGCCCGCGUUCGCUUCCACGACAAGUGUACUUUUGGCAAGUGGUGCUGCUAGCGAGUAACAGUGCUCUCAAUCCAAUCAUUUAUGGACUUAUGCGACGGGAGCUCAGAAUGGCGUAUAAAGACAUAUUGACUUGUAAAGCUUAA